UAUCUCACUCAGAAGAUAUCUCUUUUACCAUUUUCAUUUACAAAGUUCAAAUAUUUUUUCAUAUUUCAAGUUUCAACUUCAAAAUCUAUGAUCCAACGGAAGUUCAAAAUACAGACGAAAAUACCACGCGUUUCACUUUCACCAGGUCUCUCCGCUAUGUUUAUGCCAACCUGAAACUGGACUGGGCCCCAUCUGGUGGCCCAGCGUACCCGACCCACGCGUUGCCGUAUUUGCAGAAACAACUACUCGUUCGGUUUACUUCUCUCAGUCGGUCAAAUAACCCUCUUUGAUUUUGGACUUUACUCUUCUUCAUCAAUUUCACAGCCCUAAAAUUACAGAUUUUGCCGAUUAAUUCUUCCGAUUUUCCAGUUGCUCCGCCGAUCAAUUUCUUCAGAAGCUCAUAAUUAUGAAUUUUCCCCAAAUUUGAAUGGAAACCCUAACCCUAGAUUUCAAUUUUUCUAUUAGAUUUGAAUUCCAGUUGUGCCUUUUCUUUUCCGGAGGGUGAUCGAUCAAAGCCCCUUAUAAUCUUCGUCUGAUCGGUGAGUUUUUGUUGAUUUGAAGACGGGUAGGUGAGUUGGUGGCCCUAACUAUUUAUGCUUUGCAUGAAUUUGAUUUAGAGUUAUAGUUAAAAAAAAGUAGAAAUUUAGAAUUAUAGUACAGAAUUGGGUUUGGCAAAAAAAUAAAAAAUGAAAGAAGGGAUCAAUAUUUUUUUCAGCAGUUUAUAUAUUGUAUAGAAGGAAUGGGAAGCUCAGAAACAGAAGGAGGAAUAAUGGAAUGUGAUACUGGAAGUAUUGUUUGGGUAAGAAGGCGAAAUGGGUCGUGGUGGCCUGGUAAAAUAUUGGGGACUAAUGAGUUAUCAGCUUCUCAUUUGAUGUCUCCGCGAUCUGGAACUCCGGUAAAGCUUCUUGGCAGAGAAGAUGCUAGUGUGGAUUGGUAUAACUUGGAGAAGUCAAAACGUGUUAAAGCAUUCCGUUGUGGUGAAUUUGAUGAUUGUAUUAAACGGGCUGAAGCUUCCCAAGGUAUGCCUCCAAAGAAAAGAGAGAAAUAUGCACGUCGAGAAGAUGCAAUACUUCAUGCUCUUGAACUUGAGAGGCUAUUGUUAGACAAAAAAUAUGGAGCAGGGUUUUCAUCCACUGAUAAGAACAACAAACCUACUGCUGAUAUUGUUGGAAGAGCGUGUGUAACAAAAUCAGAAAACCUGGAAAAUGGAAAUGGUAGAUAUGCAGGACCCAAGUACCAUCAAGUUUCUACCAGAUCUGGUGUCUCCCUCGAGGACAAGAGUGCAUUAAAUAUUUCAUCUGCAGAGGUGCCCAAAGAUCGAAAUCAGCUUAGUGGGGUCGUUGAUAAUGCUAGUGUACUUCCUAGAAUGAAAGGUUUACAAGAUUUUGGUCUGAGUACUGUUUCUUCAGAACAUAACCAUUCUCCGUCACUUGCUUUAAACAGUACGAACCAACCUGUGCUUGAUAGCAGUGCACAUACUGUUCCUGAUGGCAGUGAUAAUACAGAAGGCCUGGUUAAUGUUGUGAAAAGAAGUACGUUGGAGAAAAGAAAACCAUCGGAUGAUGCAUUGAUAGAAGACGUCCUUGUCAAGAGGCGCGAUAAGCGCCGCCCUCUUGCUCUUGUUUUGCAGAGUUCUGACAAUUUGCCAGUUUCUCUCCCUCAGCCGGAGUCAGCUUCCGUUCCCACCUCUUGUACAGGAAAGGAGCUGGCUCAAAUUGAAUCGGUUACAAAGAAUAGUAUGUUUAGGCAUCUGGUAGUUGAACCUAGCAAGAGUUUAUGUGUUGACGAGAGUCAUCAAUCCCAGAUUGAAUUUCCAUCAUUGAAGACUGAAGAAAACAAUUUUUCUCGUCCUGUUGGUUUGUGUGAACAGAAUGGUUCCGGAUCAACAGAGUUCACUGAAACUGAUUCAACCGAGUCAGAUUCACUGGAAUCAGAUACUGAUGACGAGUUGGCUACACUCUCAGAUGGUGCUGCAUCUAUUGAGUUAGAACCUAAAUAUGUAGGAAGAUCUGAAGCACUACCUGAACAUGGAAGCAUGAGCAGCGAGGAAGUUGAUGAUUUUACACUCGCAAAUUGUUCUUCUCAUCCUUGUGAUCAGGAAUCUGUCUCUGCUGGUUUUGGGGUGUCUAAAUGGAAACUAAAAGGGAAAAGGAAUACCCGAAGUCUUAACAAGAGGCUUGUUGAUUCUUCUGAUGGAGAUUUUGCAAGGAGACCCAGUCAUAUUUCUACUUUCAAAGAAAAGGGAGGUUAUGCUUGUCUUCAGGAUGAUCUGGUUACAAGAUCAAGGAUGCAAAUUGCUGGAUAUGGAUCUAGAGCUCCAGGUAGACCUAGUCGAAACAUGUUCGGUUGGGGGGAUUUGGCUUGGGAUGAUCAACCUUCAAUUAGAGGAUACUGGGAGGAGGCUGAUGAGUAUUUUGAUCCUAUGAAUAGCUACCGUCAUGUUGGUGGCAGGGCCAUGCUUGUAGAUGUGGACCUGAAAGUCCAGUCAAGCUAUCAGAGAGAACAUGUGCCUAUGAUUUCAUUGAUGAGUAAGCUAAACGGGCAGGCAAUAAUAGGGCAUCCUAUCCAAGUUGAAACCCUUGCAAAUGGUUCUACUGAAAGCUUCAUUGGAGAUAUUGAUAAUUGUCCAGAAACAUUGGAUUAUGAUGCAUCACUCCAACCUACAUGGAGAACUGCUCGCAGGACUGCCAAUGUUCGUGUUCCAAGGCCACAUGUAUCAUCAGCAUCAGAUAAUCCUGAAGGAAUCAAGCAUGUCCAGGGUUUUAAUCAUCACAGAAAUGUUCGAAAAUCUACUGUUGGUAGCUGCAUUCAGAAGACAAGCAUGACGAGGAAGACCAUGUCCCGGGCUCCCAUUGAGAGAACAUUUUCAAGAAAGCCAGGGAAAAAGGUUAGUUUGUCUUCUAAUCAAAAGAUAAGGACGCUUUCUUCGAUAGCCUCACAGCAGAAACAAGGCAGUGAUUUCAACAGUUGUCAACUGGACGGGGCACUCAAACCAGAGACACUGCCAAAUGUAGUAGCUUGUAUUCCGGUAAAGUUAGUCUUCAGUAGGUUAAAUGAGGAGUUAGUGGGACGUCGUCAGUAAUAAUUUUGUAGCAGGUGGUAAAGGAGGGCAAUACAGACAAUAAUAUACAGCAACAUGUAAAAUCUUACAAGAAAUAAUCUUAUAGUACUUGCUAGUACAUCCAUCUCUUGCUAAUCUUUUUCUCCAGGCAAAACAAAGUCUCAUGUAUCCAAGCAGCUCGAGUGUAGAGGCAAAAGCACUAGGCUCUACUUUGGGACUCUGUUUAGGAUGUUAAUUUUAUAUUGGGUUUCCUUGUGUAAUUUUUUCCUUAAGGUGUGCUAGCGUGUGGCCGAGGCUGGGGCUAGGUGGAGAGAUUUCAGGCUUUUUGGUACAUAUGAUAUUAUGAUGUAAAUAGUAAAACAGAGAUUAUACUAUGAUUUGGUGCCACAAACUUGGUGGCUUUAACUCUGCAACUUGCCUGCUGAAAAACUACACCUUCUCUGUAAUAUUCGCCAGCGUGCUGGACAUUGGAUUGGGGUUAUUCAAAUUCAGCUAUAUGACAUUUAUUUGUA